CUCCUUUGUGAGGCUGCAUAACCCCUGACCCUCUGUCCAAACAGUGCUGAUUGGCCCUGUGCUAAUCACAUGCAUACUCUCAAGAAAAAAAAAAAACAAAACUCUCUAGCAAUACAUAACAAACUGAGCAUGUGCAGAAUGGAUUGGGAACAGUAGAAGAUGGGGAGGAUCAGAGAAGACAGGAUCAAACAGCCUUUUUACACAGUGCAGAGGAUUAACCCCUUAGGUUCCACAGUGAGUAUAACAAGCAUGCUUUACUGCAUAUACAGACUGAUUUUACUGUGGUGGGUU